AGCAACAAUAUUUUUUUAGACAUCUCCUUUGACCAUUUUGUCCAUAAGCGGCAUCAAAAUUAUCUUUAAAUCUGUGAGCCAGUGUAAAUAUUUAACUGUAAAUUUUUUCUCAUCUGACAAUGUCACUGAUCUUUAACCCGUCGAACUGUCAUUAUGCCACUCAAAUGUGACGCGAAUCCUAUUUUGAUAAUUGUUUUUAAAAGAAAAGUAGACAAUUGUUAGGACGCCCUGUAAGAUGACCUUUAUUUUUAGAAGUUGUUUUUAGUUUGUAAAAGUAAAAAAAAACCUUUGGGUUUAAGUUGUUUUAUCUGUUUCCUGCAUUACAUCAUCCCUGUUUGUUGUUACAUACCCUUAUGUUUUGCUACAUCUGUGCCUUUAGGAAUGCCCCAAACAUGGCAACUUCUCCUGCAUCUGGGCACAUUUUUAAUACUAGUUUAUUGUUAAUAUAAAAUAAUGGCUAUUGGUAAGUCUCUCUUCAUCCAAAUUAACAGUAAAAGCUUACAGGAAUGAUGUAAAGUAGAAUGUGUACAAAAUGUUCAAAAACCUCAAACGUGAGGAGUGACUUAAAUUGACUUUAAGUUAAUUGUGAAUUUAGGAUUUAUCCUCAACCGUUAUUUUCUUGUUAGUUUGCUUUGAACAGUUAAUGUUUAUCACAGUUCCUCUCAGGGUUUAUUUUGUAUGUAAUAUCAUUUUGAUAAACAACAGUAAAGUGCAACCGUAGUGUUAUGAGUAUACAUUCAGGGCCACCUAAAAACAAGUAAAACCCAUUUAAUAUUUAUAAUUGUUUUUUGCUAUUGUCACCUUUAAUUUUUGAAAACGCUUGAGUAGGUUUUUCCAAAUGACCUAUUAAAGAUAUUUUUAAAGCUGCAACGACUUUGUAUUUUUUUUGUCAUUAUAGAGCAGUUUCUUGGACAGGGUUUAGAUUAAGCCAGGACUAGUUAUUUUAGGAUAUUUAAAUAGUUUUUACAGACAUACUUUACAAACAACAUAACUGAGUGCUUCUCGAGACAAAAAAAAUGUAGAUAAAGCGUUUCUGCUGACAGCGCAUGCGCAAGCCCCUUAAAAUACCUGAGUGUUUAUAAUUUUUAUAUGGUAUAGCAUAUAUGUACAGAGUUUGUUCAAACUAAUACAGUGCACAACAAUUAAAACAAUAAAAUAAAUAUUAACAAAAACCGGCUAGAUGUACAGAAAGCGAGCAGGGGAACAGACAUUCCGAGCGGCUGCUACACCCGCGCAAUAAACUGUCUGGUUUGAAUUGGUUAACGGACCAUAUUUCUUUUGUUCCGAACACACAUACACACUAAUCAGACAAUGGAAAGCGGCUAUAGACGCCGCAUUUUUAGCUGCUGUAAAUGCACAAUACAAUGUUUGUUCACGUGUAAGUAUUGUAGGACAGUUCUACCCAUUACGGUCGUUAAUAAAUCGCAGCAUUGGGCCAAAAAAGUAAUUGAAGCGAAUCGUAUGUGUGUGGUUCCGAAAAGAACUUGUUGGAAAUUAAUAAACGGCGAAACGAACUUAAAAAACGUCACGUGAUUUAAAGCCGCAUCUCCGUUACUAUAGUAGUGUCAAUGUCGGCCACCGAUUGGCCGAUGCAACGUCUCCGUCAGCCAAUGAAAAUGAGCGCUUUUUACAAACUCUUCCGGAAGUCAACACUGCAGUUUGGAGUUUUUGCGUUGAGCAGCUAAAGAGGGGCUUUUCUGUAUCAACACAGAAACAGCACAAAAGACGGUUUUCGACAUAACCUCAGUAGACAGUGGAGCUCUCUCAAAAUGGCAUCAUCGAACCAUCUACGACCCCAGAACAGGACUCUCCAGAACCAGACAGGGAUGUUGAAGCACCAGGUGGUGAAUAAAACCAAACAAACUGCUGUGUCCACUUCUAGAAGAGGUUCAGAGAAUCUGGACCCCAAUGCUGAAGCUGACGCUGGAAAGGGAGUCAGUAAAUUGAAAGGUGUCAGCAGGCUUCCGGUCCUCGCCAAAUCUCUGCAACCAGCUGUAAAUUACCUCUCACAACAGAAUAAAUGGGAACAGAGACCUCUUACGGGUAAAGCUCAGAAGAAAAAGAUCUACACCAAACCAGUUCCCUUCAAUUUUACCCAAUCACGCACACGCAGUCAGAGAAGCACAGAGGUUGGUGGUGGAAAAACACCCCUGACACCUGGCCGGCUGACACCAGGAGCCCAACUGAGAAGCCAUAAUGCAGCAGCAACACUAGGUGUCUUAAAAACAUCACACAAGACACAAUCUGUCUCUAUUGAUGGUCACCCACCAAAAGCAGAGACACUCUCGAACGAAACCAGAAACGGCAGUGAUUUAAGUUCACGUUUGGGUAACAUCACUCUUGUACAGUCUAAGCAUUCCGAAGACUCGGGUUUGAGUCAUUUAUGUAAAACUUCACUUAGUAAAGUAGGUGUUUGUUCAGAUGGUCAAGCACAAAAGGACAAAACCAGCAUUCAGCAAUCAAGCCAUGCAGGCACCAAAGGGCCAUUGUCUACUCUUUCCUCAGCAAUGCACAAUGUCCCCUCAUGUGAGGGAUCAAGUGCUGUUGGAGCUCAGGGUGUGAUGCCACGGUUAUCUACUUGCCCUCCUGGAUCCUCCAAUAAUCUGGCUCAAAGGGUUUCUGUGAAGAAGACUCAACGUGAAAUUGUCAGCGGCACAGGCAAUACUGGGGCAUUUUCCCCUGACCCGUCAGCAUUACGUAGUAUUCUACAGAAUGAUGCAACGAGAAUAGUGGAGUCUGUUGGGGCAACACCCAGAAUAUCGACCUGUCCCGCUGGCAGACAAACAUCUUUUUAUUCUGCUCAAAGAGUUCCAGUAAAGAAGCCUCAUACAGAUGAUUCAACAGCUAAAGUCACGGGAAGCACUGUGUCCUUCUCCCCUGACCCUUCAGCUCUUCACAGUAUUCUACAGAAUGAAGGUAUAAGGGUGGGGACUCUGGGUGGCGCAACACCCAGAGUUUCAACAUGUCCUACCGGCAGGGGAACGUCCAUUUACUCUGCCCAGCGAGUACCUGUGAAGAAGACAAAAACGGAAGCCACAGGCACUGCAUCUCAUUGUCAAAAUAGGACACCAGGAAGGACAUGGACACCUCAGCGGGUUCCAAACACCAAACCACAGUCAAUGAGAAGGCUGCUUACCGCCCAAAAAAUGUCCCAAUUUAGGGACUCCCCUGGUUUGAAUGGACCCCAAGACCCCAGCACUGAACUUAUAAUGCAACAAGUGGAGGAUGUUGUUCAAAGGUUAUUUGAAGAUCCAGACCAGACGGACAAUGACCAGACGAACAAAAGUGAUGUCAGUUCACAACAACUACUGACAACAUCGACUAGUCACCAAACUAUUGAACCAGUAUCAAAUAAAGAGAAUUCAGAUGUAAAUCAUCACCACACUGCGGAUGACGGCAAGAAAGCGGCCCAGCCUUUUAUACAAUCAGCACAUAGAAGCUCGGUCAUUGUUUUCUCAUCAACCCAAAGACUCUGUGGAUCAGACCGGCCUCUGCAGACACCUGUGACAGAAGCUCCUCUGCAUCUCUGUGUAGACAGCGUUAUAUCCCAUAAUGCACUGCAGUCAGACCAAAACGGUCACUCAGACGCGACUAAACACAUUAACAAUUGCACACAACGUCAAAUUAAAGUGUCUGCUCUGCGGCGACGUCAUACUCCUUUAGAAGAGAUGAUUUUGGAUGAGGAAUGCGCUACCUAUACAUCUCGCCCGCUGUCUUGCCCAUUGCAACCCCGCAGCGACAACCCUGUAGCCACCAUACUUCUGUUUCAAGACUCUACUUGUUUUUUACCUAUAGGCCUGUCCUCUCCCAUAGGUCUGAGAACAGUACCCGGUUCCUCUAUCAGGACUUAAAUGCACUUCCACUAUACAUAUUUUUGCUUGAAACAGUAUUAUUAGUACACCUUUUGUUUAUGUAAAAAUUUGUAUAUGUAAGUAAUGAGCACAGCAACUGGCUACUGAUUGAUAUGCUUUAAUUGUACUCUACAAGCACUACAUUCCUGUUUCUGGUCUAAAUAUUCACUGUAUGGGGUGCAAAUAUGAUAGACUUUGUAAAUCUCUUCUGAUCAGUGCACGCUUUCAUGGACUUCAAUUAUGUAAACUUGGAACUUGUCACUUGUGUAGAGUGUUUAAUAAAUGUGUGUAUAUAUAAAGAUGUUUAAAUGAUUAUUUCACUCUAAAAUUUUGGUCUAAAUUAUUUAAAAUGUUAAACUGAAUUAUUGUUCCGAAUCAAAUGCACACUGUAUUUGCUGCUUGUUUUUGCAGAUUAUGCAUAUGUAGCACUAAAGUUAUGAAUAAGAUAUAUAAAAACUUCAAAUCACAGAACAUUAAAUAAUUAAUAAAU